CAUCCAUCAUACUGUCUGCAUACUUUGGAAUGGAGGAUCUUAAGUAUUUGUACUUCAGCAUUUUCCUUAUUUUGUACAUUGCAAUUGUUGCUGAAAAUGUCAUUAUAAUUGGAGUAAUCUACACUGAGAAAACAUUGCAUCAACCAAUGUAUUUCCUGGUGUGUAACUUGGCAGCAAAUGGUCUCUAUGGUAGCACUGCGUUGCUGCCAGCACUGUUGAAAAAUGUAGCUUCCCACCCUAGUGAGGUAUCUCUAGCAAGCUGUCGAACACAGAUCUAUUGUAUACAUACAUAUGCUAUUGUUGAAUUUACAAUUUUAGGAGUGAUGUCUUAUGAUAGGUAUGUUGCUAUAUGCCAUCCACUACGGUAUCAUACCAUCAUGUCUCUGACAAACGUGUAUAAACUUGUAGCAUUCACCUGGAUUUACCCUUUGGUAGCAUUUCUCAUCUUUUUCAUUAUAACUCUUCAACUUAGAUUUUGUGAUAAAACUAUAGAUAAAUUGUACUGCAUCAAUUACUCACUUAUAAAGCUCUCCUGUACAAAUACGUCUGUUGUGAACAUAAUAGGAUUAAUGUCUGUGGUUUUGUAUAGUGUACCACAGUUAGUUAUGAUAAUUUAUUCAUACGCACAUGUCCUGAGAGUCUGUGCAUUAUCUUCCAAAGAAUCCAAACUCAAAGCACUGCGAACUUGCACUCCACACCUGUUUGCUGUUAUCAACUACUUUGUGGGUUGCUACUUUGAAAUAUUGCAAAGCCGAUUUGACACAAGCCAUUUACCUUACAGAACUCAAGUGUUUAUGUCACUUUACUUUUUGAUAUUCCCUCCCAUUCUUAAUCCAGCAAUCUAUGGGUUAAGUAUUCAAGCCAUAAGAGUGAAGCUGUUGAGACUUUGUUAUAAUAAGAAUAGGAUAUUGUCAAUACAGUAG